GCCCCGUACAGACCAGGCACUCUGCGGCUGAACCGUCCAGCUUCUCUGCAGCUUUUGUUCGGCGGGCGUUGAACCAGGCAUCAACAACGCAUUACACGGACACUAAACGAAGUAACGCACAGAUAAAUGUAAGGCUCAUAUCGUUUGCGGAGUUUGGUAACAAACAAAAGAAAGAGUCACCAGCAUCGUUCCCUGUCAUUGGUACCGCUGUCCUCCCAUCCAUCAUCUCCUCUUCCUCUGGCUGCUCCUCUUCCCAACAUGGCAACAGUGUUUGUUCUCUGGCGGCGUCGCUGAGCCACCGCUCUGGACCGCCACCAUGGAGAGAAAACGGAGAAAGAAAUUAAUCUAGCUUCCCAGGCUUUUUGCAAUAUGGACUCAUCUUUGGAGCUGUGGACCUGAAAAUGUUCCGUCUCGACCUCUGAUUUGAUACUGAUGUAAUACUUGUGCUACUUUUUUAACGAGCCAAAAUGGUUCUGCUUUCGUUGCUGGCAUCCGUGUUUUUGGGGCUGCUGGCGGGCCUCUUGCCUGUGGUGGGGAUGGAGUCGGAACAAGAAGCAAACCCCAGAUCCAACUAUCAGCUCCCCAACUUGGAGCAACUCCCCUCGCCAGCUGGUUCCAACUGCUCCCAGUUGACCCUGAAACUGGAGUUUUCUUCCGAGGUGGUAGAAAAUGAGUACAUUGUAGCCUUUACGGGGUAUUUUUCAGCCAGAGCCCGCAGCCUGUACAUCAGCAGCGCCUUGCGGGGAGCUGGAGACAAAAAACUGGAGUGGCACAUUGUUCCCAGAGAGAACCCGGCGUCAGACUUCCCCAGCGACUUCGAGCUGGUCCACAUCCGACAAGCUUCAUCCAGCAGCCUGCUGACUUUAGAGGACCACCCUUACAUCAAGAGGGUGACGCCGCAACGCAAGGUUUUACGAUCCCUCAAAUACAUUCCCUCACCUGAACCCGCUGCACCCUGCAAUGGCACACCUGACUCCCAAAAAUGGCAGUCGUGGCAGUCGUCUCGGCCCUUCAGGCGAACCAGCCUGUCGCUCGGCUCGGGUUUUUGGCACGCCACCGGUCGCCACUCCAGCCGCCGGCUGCUGCGUGCCAUCCCCCGCCACGUUGCUCAGAUCCUGCAGGCAGAUGUUCUGUGGCAGAUGGGACACACUGGUUCUGGUGUGAAGGUAGCAGUUUUUGAUACAGGUCUGAGUGAGAAGCACCCACAUUUUAAGAACGUGAAGGAAAGAACAAACUGGACUAAUGAAAAGACUCUGGAUGAUGGCCUGGGCCACGGUACGUUUGUAGCAGGAGUUAUUGCCAGUAUGAGGGAGUGUCAGGGCUUUGCCCCCGACUCUGAGCUCCACAUCUUUAGAGUGUUCACCAACAACCAGGUUUCCUACACCUCAUGGUUUCUAGAUGCUUUUAACUACGCCAUCCUGAAGAAAAUUGAUGUUUUGAACCUCAGUAUUGGUGGACCUGACUUCAUGGACCAUCCUUUCGUUGAUAAAGUGUGGGAGCUGACUGCCAACAAAGUGAUCAUGGUCUCUGCUAUCGGAAACGAUGGACCUCUGUAUGGCACCCUGAACAAUCCAGCCGACCAGAUGGAUGUGAUUGGAGUUGGGGGGAUCGACUUUGAGGACAACAUAGCACGGUUUUCCUCCAGAGGCAUGACAACUUGGGAGUUGCCGGGGGGUUACGGCAGAGUAAAGCCUGAUAUCGUAACCUACGGUUCAGGAGUUCGAGGCUCAGGUUUAAAGGAAGGAUGUCGCUCGUUGUCUGGGACCAGCGUGGCCUCACCUGUUGUCGCAGGUGCUGUCACACUUUUGGCCAGCACCGUCCUCAACCGAGAGCUGGUGAACCCCGCCUCCAUGAAGCAGGCUCUGAUCGCCUCCGCCCGCAGGCUUCCUGGGGUCAACAUGUUUGAACAGGGCCACGGGAAGCUGGACUUGAUCCGAGCCUACCAAAUUCUUAACAGCUACAAACCCCAGGCCAGUCUGUCUCCCAGCUACAUCGACCUGACUGAGUGUCCAUACAUGUGGCCUUACUGCUCUCAGCCAAUCUACUACGGAGGAAUGCCCACCAUCGUUAAUGUGACCAUCCUCAACGGCAUGGGAGUCACUGGCAGGAUUGUCGAUAAGCCCAUCUGGCAGCCAUACCUGCCUCAGAAUGGUGACAACAUCGACGUGGCCAUCUCAUACUCACCUGUGCUGUGGCCAUGGGCCGGUUACCUGGCCGUGUCCAUCUCUGUGGCCAAGAAAGCCGCGUCGUGGGAGGGUAUCGCUCAGGGUCAUGUGAUGGUCACGGUUGCAUCACCUGCAGAGAAUGACUCAGAAGUUGGAGGGGAGCUUACAUCCACUGUCAAACUUCCCAUCAAGGUAAGGAUAGUGGCCACUCCACCUCGCAGUAAGAGGGUUCUGUGGGACCAGUACCACAAUCUGCGCUACCCACCUGGCUACUUUCCUCGAGACAACCUCCGAAUGAAGAACGACCCACUGGACUGGAAUGGGGACCACAUCCACACCAACUUCAGGGAUAUGUACCAGCACCUGAGGAGUAUGGGCUACUUUGUUGAAGUUCUAGGAGCACCUCUCACAUGUUUCGACGCCAGCCAGUAUGGCACGCUGUUAAUGGUGGACAGUGAGGAGGAGUAUUUCCCUGAAGAGAUCACCAAGUUGAGGAGAGACAUUGACAACGGCCUGUCGCUCAUCAUCUUCAGUGACUGGUACAACACCUCGGUGAUGAGGAAGGUCAAGUUCUACGAUGAAAACACCAGGCAGUGGUGGAUGCCAGACACAGGGGGCGCUAAUGUGCCUGCUUUGAACGACUUGAUCUCAGUGUGGGGGAUGGCUUUCAGCGACGGGCUGUAUGAAGGGGACUUCACCCUGGCUGAUCAUGAUAUGUACUACGCCUCAGGCUGUAGCAUUGCCCGUUUCCCAGAAGAUGGAAUUGUAAUUGCCAAGAACCUAAAAGAUCAAGGUCUGGAAGUGUUAAAGCAGGAGACUGCUGUGGUGGAGGGAGUUCCCAUCCUGGGACUGUACCAAACCCAUUCAGAGGGGGGAGGUCGGAUUGCUCUGUAUGGAGACUCAAACUGUAUCGACGACAGUCACAGACAAAAAGACUGUUUCUGGCUACUGGAUGCUCUGCUGCAGUAUACUUCUUACAGUAUGACCCCUCCCAGCCUCAGCCACUCCCACAGCAGAGUGGCGCCUCCUGCAGGUGCAGAGCAGCCACUGCCACAGAGACUGGAAGGGAACCACCUGUACCGCUACUCCAAGGUUCUGGAAGCUCACCUGGGAGACCCCAAGCCACGCCCCCUACCAGCGUGCCCCCACCUGUCCUGGGCAAAGCCACAGCCACUCAAUGAGACAGCCCCCAGUAACCUGUGGAAGCACCAGAAACUUCUUUCUGUGGAUCUGGACAAAGUGGCUCUCCCUAACAUGAAGUCGUACCGUCCCCAGGUCCGACCUCUGUCCCCUGGGGAGAGUGGGGCCUGGGACAUCCCUGGAGGUGACAGAGCUCCACAAGUUUUUAUUUUGAGCUUUCUGACUUGAAAGUCUUGUUAAGGGAAGCUCUGGGAAUGGAGGAAGAAAAGACAGCCUUAACAGUGUUCAUUUUAAGGUUUGGAGAUACUUUCAGGUUUAGAGCUCAGUCUUUACCCUGACAAAUGUUUUAAUUAUAAUAUACGGCUGUAACCCUUUUUUACGCAUUUAUAUGAAAGUUAUUGUUUACUUAGAUUACAUACAAAGGUUAUGGAAAAGGCUGUUAGUUAAACCAUGACACUUUUCAAUGAAUUUACUUGGCAGUCUCAGCUUAGCAACCCUCCAUUGUUUCUGCUCAUGUGAUAGUUGUAAGAGUACAGCUAUAGACAGCUGAACAAGAAAAAAAAUAUAUUAUAAAGUCUAGUAAGAAGAUGUUGAUACUACCAAUAAUUCUGCCAGAACAACGUCAGUUUUGCCCAAGGAAUGCCAAUGGAUUGAUGAAAAUAAAUCUUUUGGAAGAUAUUUCCCUGUUAUAGAAUCAGAAGUCACAUCUUUCCGUUGAAUUGUUCAGAUUAAAUGGCAAACCUUGGCCAUAAAUAACAGAAUUUGACUGGAAAAGUUGAUGCAAUGAGUUUGAAUUAAGAAAUGUUAUACAGUGUCUCAAAAAAUAGAAUAUCAUAAAUUUUUUUUUAUGUAUUUCAAUAAUUAAAAACCAAAAGUUAAAGCCAUAGAUAAUAUAACUUAAUUACACACAGAUUGACAUAUUUUAAGUAUUUGUGUUAACUUUGAUGACUAUGGCUGAUAGUAAAUCAAAACCUAUUGUGCAGCUUCCCAAAAUAUUGGAACAUUACAGGAGACCAAUUUCUAAGACAGAGGUGUUAUGUUGUGGUCUACACAAUCAUGGGGAAGACUGCUGACUUGACAGUUGUCCAGCAAUCAGUAGUUGGCAACCUCCACAACGAGGGUAAGCCACAAAAUGGCAUUGCUAAAGAAGCUAGCUGUUGACAGCAUUUUAACAGGAAGUUGAGUGGAGUAAAAAAAGUGUGGUAGAAAAGGGGGAAUAAUAAACAGAUAACUGCAGCCGAGCUCAUUCAAGAGAUUUUAGGAGAUAUACAAAGGUGUGGACUGUGGCUGAAGUCAGAGCUUUAAAAACCUCCACACAAAGAUUUAUCGAGGACAAGGGUUACAACUGUUGCAAUUCCUUGUGUCAAUCCAUUCCCCAACCAGUAACGUCAUCAGGAGUGAUUUACCUAAACUAAGGAGAAAAAGGAUUGGACUGUUGCUCAGUGGUUCAAAGUCUUCUGUCCAGAUCAAAGUAAGGUAUGCCUUUUAUUUGGAAAUCAAGAACCCAGAGUCCAGAGGAGGAGUGAUGAGACACAGAGUGCAAAUUUAUUGAGCUCUACUGUACAGUUUCCAUGGUUGGUGAUGAUUUUUGGAGUGAAAUCAUCUGCUGAUGUUGCCUCACUGUGUUUUAUCUAGUUUAAAGUAAGCGCAGCCAUCCACCAGGAAAUUUAGAGCACUUCAUGCUUCCCGCUGCUGACAACAUUUAUAUAUAUGCUGACUUCAUUUUCAAGCACCUGAAAAUAUAACUUUGGUAUCCUAAUUUGAGAUGUAACUGUAAUUGACACCAUUUGAGACAUUUGCCCUCUCUCUCCUUUAGGGAUAAUGCCUGGUCGCUACAACCAAGAAGUGGGCCAGACCAUCCCUGUGUUCGCCUUCCUGGGAGCGAUGGUUGUCCUGUCCUUUUUCGUGGUCCAACUCACUAAAGCGAAGAGCAAGCCCAAGCGCAGGAAACCCCGGAUCAAACGGCCCACAUACCUCCAGCAGCAGACGACAGCUGGGAAAAACCCCACUGUGUGACUGUAUGUUUAUACUGCUGCCGGACAGAUGGGCCCAGCUCCAGAAGUGAGACGUUAACGGGAUAAGUCAGUGCUGUUGAGCUGUUUGGGCAAACUGUUGGACUGAUUUUUAAAGCUACCUGGACAUUGAUGCCUGACGUCUCCUGGAAAAGCUUUUUUGUGCCUCUUGUUUAAGGCUGUCGUUGGUGUUUGUGUGUAUUUGUGGACCAAUGAACAGUAUUAGACAAAUCCCAAGUUUGGGACCCAAAAGUCCAGUUACAGUCCAUUGUGUCAACAUUUUCCCUUCCUCUUCUUUGACCAAAUGGGUUCUUUAUAAGUAAAAUAUAUUUCUUUUUUAUUUAUUGAAUUUGUUCUCACCCUAAAUCAGAUGUGAGAAACUUGUCAGUAAGACUUUAAACAGUUGGCACACAAACAGGAUACGGAUGAUGAUAUUGUGUGUCUCAGGUUUUGUAAGUCCUGCCCAUAUCUGUUGAACUUGGCUGUUGUUUUUAUAUUUUAUACAGUCAAUGCAUCUGGUCAGGCUUUCUGUUGAAAUCCUCACUUUUGGUCUCCAGUAGCUUUGACAGACUUGUUCAGAUAUGUCAUCAAUAAAAAAAGCAUUAUCAAAAGA